AUGAUGUUGACUCAGUACGUCACCCCUUUAGGGAUUCUAGAUGACACGUUCGACAGAUAUGCGUCCCUUCCUGAGGCUGAAAGCCUCGCCAACAGCUUGGAAAGGUGGGCGCCUGAUCAUAACAUGGAUAAACAACCAGAUUAUUUGAAAUUCAUGCUGAACUCUAUAUUAAACACUUUUGAAGAGUUGGAAAGAGAACUUAGGCCAGAAGGAAGAUUGUACAGCUUGGAUGCCACAAAAGAUGAGUUCAAGAAACUUGCUAAAGCCAACUUUGAUCUUGCAAAAUGGGCACAAGUGGCUCACGUACCUAGCUUUAUGGAGUACAUGGAGGUUGGUGAGGUAGAGAUCACAUUGGGUGCGUCUUUGGCGGGUAUUUUUAUGUGUCUGGGAAAGAUAGCUACGAAGGAAGCUUAUGAAUGGCCAAAGUCCAGACCAAAACUCUUCAAAUCUUUAUCUAUCAAAGCCCGUCUUAGGAAUGAUAUAACAGACGGAGCUAUUAGGGAGCUUACUAAAAUUGUUUCAGAAGCUGAUAAGACAAUAAAUGAGGAGUUCUUGACGACAGUUGACGUGGGACCUCGUGUUCUUAAGGCAACCAUUGAUUUUGCACGCAUGAUCACCGUCACCUAUAAUGUAGAUGAAGGGUUCACCCAUCCUGAAGGGAAAAGUAAGGAGUAUAUGACUUCUCUAUUUCUCAAUCAGAUCCGCCUUUGA